CUGCGCUUGCGCCGAUAACAGAGGCGCGACGCUUGUCAGUUUUUCAGUUGCUUUCAUAACAGAAGGUUCGUUUGUGGAGUUAAGUGAGAAUGACUUCGUUGAAUGGUGACGUUACGUCUGUGACGAAGCUGAAGUUUAGUGUGGACAGUAUAUUGGGGAACAAUGAUGGUGAUCGGGCGAGUGGUGUGACGGAGGUGGGUCGGAGCCAGGAGCCCCCGUGCGCGGGGUGCGUGGCUGCGCUGUACCGCUGCUGCAGGGACGAGCCCCCGCUGCUGCAGCUGCCGUUGCCGCUUCCAUACUCGCAUUUACAUCCAGCGUUGAGGCCUACCACUGUAUACCGCCUCCCCCUCCCAUCAUCAUCACCGCCGCAGCCGUCAGCGCCCCGCUGUGACGUCACAUCUAGCGGCAAGAGAAAGCGCUCCUGGUCCCGAGCGGUCUUCAGCAACCUUCAACGCAAAGGCUUGGAGAGGCGGUUCCAGAUACAGAAGUAUAUCACGAAGCCGGAUCGGAGACAGCUGGCGGCCACGUUAGGACUUACUGAUGCUCAAGUAAAAGUGUGGUUUCAAAACCGUCGCAUGAAAUGGCGGCACACGAAAGAAGGUCGAGGUGGUAUAGCAGGCACUACGGGCUUACCUGGACGAGACCCAGAUUCCACCAAUGAUGACAAUGAAGAUAUUGACGUGGACACACUCAGUGAUUAGCUGGAACUAAGGACUGAAGAGUUUUAAUUGGAAAUAUUUUAUGAAUCAGUCUCAUGAGAUUUCUGUCCUCACUCGAACCAGCGUCGCUGCGUCUGUAAGAGGUUAUGAAAAGUCUCUUUGCCAGUGGAACAAAUCCUUAACAUAUAAGAUAUGAUGAAGGGUAUGAAACAAUGUUAUCUGAGUAAGGUGUUUUGUGCGAACGUUUCAUGGAAGAUUCAGUCGCAUCAAGUAAGUAUGUACUACGUGGGACACGGUGGUAUAACUAUAGUUUAUAGAUAUCCCAUCGGUAAAUAUAAUAGUGUUUCUUGACUAUUUUUACGAUAAGAAAUACUCAUUGUUACGAUCCUUUCUCUAUAACAAUAUCUAUAAGGCACUUAAUGAAUUAAGUACAAGCAAGAAUGUUCAAUAUCGAAAUGAUAUUUU